UAAGAGAUUUAUUCCUCUUUUUAAAUCAAAACCAGAUUCCAUGCCUCAGCCACCCCCUAACCCGCCAGCCCCGCCCCCAGGGAUUGUUUUUCCGUAAUUUUGUAAAUAUUUUAGCGAAGAUGGCAGGUGAGGGAAGGUUAUAGUGCUGUGUCUAGUCCACGAGGUAAAGAGAGAGGUUAGGGUGGGUUUACUUAUUUAUAAGGCGUUCAGCCUCUCAGCUGUUUCUCCCUCGUUGGCAUUUGGAAGCUUGCAGUCCUUCAGGGAAGAGACAGAUUUGGCAGGAAUGUUCUUUGUGCCCGCCUUCUUUUUUUUUUUUUUUUUUUUACGGGGAAUAGGGGGCAGAUUUAUAAUGACAGCCUUGGGGAAGGGGGAGAAAAAGUUUCAGCCGGCACGACAAUGCCCGUUUUUUUCCACAGUCAACACUGUGCCACAAACAGCUUUGGUGCCACUCGGAGCCCUCCCCCCCAUCCCCUCCCUUUCUCUCUGCAGGCUCGCACUGGCAGGCGGAGGCACAGUUAAAUUCCAGCACCUUCUCCACAUACCCCCAAACUACUACGCGCUAUUACUACGGCUGCCCUCCCUUUUUGCUUCGCCUCCUCCCCUUCCCCAGUCUCCCUGGAGGAGCCCCGCAGCGCCCGCAGAAGAGGACUCCCAGGGAAGGGAUAGCGGGCGCCCAACUCCAGCAGGGCUGGGGGCUUUCUGCAUCCUGCGCAGUUUCUCUGCUCCAGGCACAAACACCGCCCGAGAGCCGGCGCCUUGCAGGCACACACGGAUCCACGCAUACAGUAGAGCUGUCUCGAUCCACAUUCUUGCACACCGCCCCCUCCUCCCCCCGCGCUCCCGGAGUCGCUGAGCUGGGCGAGUGACAGGCGCGUCCCGCCAACCCGCGCCCGGGCGGGCAGGGAGGAGCGGCGCGCGGGGCCAACUGCGGCACGUCUUCCGGCGCCCGUGGAGGAGGCGAGGGUGGGACGCUGGGCGGAGCCCGAGUUUAGGAAGAGGAGGGGACGGCUGUCAUCAAUGAAGUCAUAUUCAUAAUCUAGUCUUCUCUCCCUCUGUUUCUGUACUCUGGGUGACUCAGAGAGGGAAGAGAUUCAGCCAGCACACUCCUCGCGAGCAAGCAUUACUCUACUGACUGGCAGAGACAGGAGAAGUAGAUGUCCACGCCCACAGACCCUGGUGCGAUGCCCCACCCAGGGCCUUCGCCAGGGCCUGGGCCUUCCCCUGGGCCAAUUCUUGGGCCCAGUCCAGGACCCGGACCUUCCCCAGGUUCCGUCCACAGCAUGAUGGGGCCAAGUCCUGGACCUCCGAGUGUCUCCCAUCCUAUGCCGACGAUGGGGUCCACAGACUUCCCACAGGAAAGCAUGCAUCAAAUGCAUAAGCCCAUCGAUGGGAUACAUGACAAGGGGAUUGUAGAAGACAUCCAUUGUGGAUCCAUGAAGGGCACUGGUAUGCGACCACCUCACCCAGGCAUGGGCCCUCCCCAGAGUCCAAUGGAUCAACACAGCCAAGGUUAUAUGUCACCGCACCCAUCUCCAUUAGGAGCCCCAGAGCACGUCUCCAGCCCUAUGUCUGGAGGAGGCCCAACUCCACCUCAGAUGCCACCAAGCCAGCCAGGGGCCCUCAUCCCAGGUGAUCCGCAGGCCAUGAGCCAGCCCAACAGAGGUCCCUCACCUUUCAGUCCCGUCCAGCUGCAUCAGCUUCGAGCUCAGAUUUUAGCUUAUAAAAUGCUGGCCCGGGGCCAGCCCCUCCCUGAAACGCUGCAGCUUGCAGUCCAGGGGAAAAGGACGUUGCCUGGCAUGCAGCAACAACAGCAGCAGCAACAGCAGCCGCAGCAGCAGCAGCAGCAGCAACAGCAGCCGCAGCAGCAGCCACCGCAACCACAGACGCAGCAACAACAGCAGCCGGCCCUUGUUAACUACAACAGACCAUCUGGCCCGGGGCCGGAGCUGAGCGGCCCGAGCACCCCGCAGAAGCUGCCGGUGCCCGCGCCCAGCGGCCGGCCCUCGCCCGCGCCCCCCGCAGCCGCGCAGCCGCCCGCGGCCGCAGUGCCCGGGCCCUCGGUGCCGCAGCCGGCCCCGGGGCAGCCCUCGCCCAUCCUUCAGCUGCAACAGAAGCAGAGCCGUAUCAGUCCCAUCCAGAAACCGCAAGGCCUGGACCCCGUGGAAAUUCUGCAGGAGCGGGAAUACAGACUUCAGGCCCGCAUAGCUCAUAGGAUACAAGAACUGGAAAAUCUGCCUGGCUCUUUGCCACCAGAUUUACGAACCAAAGCAACCGUGGAACUAAAAGCACUUCGGUUACUCAAUUUCCAGCGUCAGCUGAGACAGGAGGUGGUGGCCUGCAUGCGCAGGGACACAACCCUGGAGACGGCUCUCAACUCCAAAGCAUACAAACGGAGCAAGCGCCAGACUCUGAGAGAAGCUCGCAUGACUGAGAAGCUGGAGAAGCAGCAGAAGAUUGAGCAGGAGAGGAAACGCCGUCAGAAACACCAGGAAUACUUGAACAGUAUUUUGCAACAUGCAAAAGAUUUUAAGGAAUAUCAUCGGUCUGUGGCCGGAAAGAUCCAGAAGCUCUCCAAAGCAGUGGCAACUUGGCAUGCCAACACUGAAAGAGAGCAGAAGAAGGAGACAGAGCGGAUUGAAAAGGAGAGAAUGCGGCGACUGAUGGCUGAAGAUGAGGAAGGCUAUAGAAAACUGAUUGAUCAAAAGAAAGACAGGCGUUUAGCUUACCUUUUGCAGCAGACUGAUGAGUAUGUAGCCAAUCUGACCAACCUGGUUUGGGAGCACAAGCAAGCCCAAGCAGCCAAAGAGAAGAAGAAGAGAAGGAGGAGGAAGAAGAAGGCUGAAGAGAAUGCAGAGGGUGGGGAGUCUGCCCUGGGACCGGAUGGAGAGCCCAUAGAUGAGAGCAGCCAGAUGAGUGACCUCCCUGUCAAAGUGACUCACACAGAAACCGGCAAGGUUCUGUUUGGACCAGAAGCACCCAAAGCAAGUCAGCUGGACGCCUGGCUGGAAAUGAAUCCUGGUUAUGAAGUUGCCCCUAGAUCCGACAGUGAAGAGAGUGAUUCUGAUUACGAGGAGGAGGAUGAGGAAGAAGAGUCCAGUAGGCAGGAAACCGAAGAGAAAAUACUCCUGGAUCCAAAUAGCGAAGAAGUUUCUGAGAAGGAUGCUAAGCAGAUCAUUGAGACAGCUAAGCAAGACGUGGAUGAUGAAUACAGCAUGCAGUACAGUGCCAGGGGCUCCCAGUCCUACUACACCGUGGCUCAUGCCAUCUCGGAGAGGGUGGAGAAACAGUCCGCCCUCCUCAUUAACGGAACCCUAAAGCAUUACCAGCUCCAGGGCCUGGAAUGGAUGGUUUCCCUGUAUAAUAACAAUUUGAACGGAAUCUUAGCUGAUGAAAUGGGGCUAGGAAAGACCAUACAGACCAUUGCACUCAUCACUUAUCUGAUGGAGCACAAAAGACUCAAUGGCCCCUAUCUCAUCAUUGUUCCCCUUUCGACUCUAUCUAACUGGACAUAUGAAUUUGACAAAUGGGCUCCUUCUGUGGUGAAAAUUUCUUACAAGGGUACUCCUGCCAUGCGUCGCUCCCUUGUCCCCCAGCUACGGAGUGGCAAAUUCAAUGUCCUCUUGACUACUUAUGAGUAUAUUAUAAAAGACAAGCACAUUCUUGCAAAGAUUCGGUGGAAAUACAUGAUAGUGGAUGAAGGCCACCGAAUGAAGAAUCACCACUGCAAGCUGACUCAGGUCUUGAACACUCACUAUGUGGCUCCCAGAAGGAUCCUCUUGACUGGGACCCCGCUGCAGAAUAAGCUCCCUGAACUCUGGGCCCUCCUCAACUUCCUCCUCCCCACAAUUUUUAAGAGCUGCAGCACAUUUGAACAAUGGUUCAAUGCUCCAUUUGCCAUGACUGGUGAAAGGGUGGAUUUAAAUGAAGAAGAAACUAUAUUGAUCAUCAGACGUCUACAUAAGGUGUUAAGACCAUUUUUACUAAGGAGACUGAAGAAAGAAGUUGAAUCCCAGCUUCCAGAAAAAGUGGAAUAUGUGAUCAAGUGUGACAUGUCAGCUCUGCAGAAGAUUCUGUAUCGCCAUAUGCAGGCUAAGGGGAUCCUUCUCACAGAUGGUUCUGAGAAAGAUAAGAAGGGGAAAGGAGGUGCUAAGACACUUAUGAACACUAUCAUGCAGUUGAGAAAAAUCUGCAACCACCCAUACAUGUUUCAGCACAUUGAGGAAUCCUUUGCUGAACACCUAGGCUAUUCAAAUGGGGUCAUCAAUGGGGCUGAACUGUAUCGGGCCUCAGGAAAGUUUGAGCUACUUGAUCGUAUUCUGCCAAAAUUGAGAGCGACUAAUCACCGAGUGCUGCUUUUCUGCCAGAUGACAUCUCUCAUGACCAUCAUGGAGGAUUAUUUUGCUUUUCGGAACUUCCUUUACCUACGCCUUGAUGGCACCACCAAGUCUGAAGAUCGUGCUGCUUUGCUGAAGAAAUUCAAUGAACCUGGAUCCCAGUAUUUCAUUUUCUUGCUGAGCACCAGAGCUGGUGGCCUGGGCUUAAAUCUUCAGGCAGCUGAUACAGUGGUCAUCUUUGACAGCGACUGGAAUCCUCAUCAGGAUCUGCAGGCCCAAGACCGAGCUCACCGCAUCGGGCAGCAGAACGAGGUCCGGGUGCUGAGGCUCUGUACCGUGAACAGCGUGGAGGAAAAGAUCCUCGCGGCUGCAAAAUACAAGCUGAACGUGGAUCAGAAAGUAAUCCAGGCAGGCAUGUUUGACCAAAAGUCUUCAAGCCACGAGCGGAGGGCAUUCUUGCAGGCCAUCUUGGAGCAUGAAGAGGAAAAUGAGGAAGAAGAUGAAGUACCGGACGAUGAGACUCUGAACCAAAUGAUUGCUCGACGAGAAGAAGAAUUUGACCUUUUUAUGCGGAUGGACAUGGACCGGCGGAGGGAAGAUGCCCGGAACCCGAAACGCAAGCCCCGCUUAAUGGAGGAAGAUGAGCUGCCCUCCUGGAUCAUUAAGGAUGACGCCGAAGUAGAAAGGCUCACCUGUGAAGAAGAGGAGGAGAAAAUAUUUGGGAGGGGGUCUCGCCAGCGCCGUGACGUGGACUACAGUGACGCCCUCACAGAGAAGCAGUGGCUAAGGGCCAUUGAAGACGGCAAUUUGGAGGAAAUGGAAGAGGAAGUACGGCUUAAGAAGCGAAAAAGACGAAGAAAUGUGGAUAAAGAUCCUGCGAAAGAAGAUGUGGAAAAAGCUAAGAAGAGAAGAGGCCGCCCUCCUGCUGAGAAACUGUCACCAAAUCCCCCCAAACUGACAAAGCAGAUGAACGCUAUCAUCGAUACUGUGAUAAACUACAAAGAUAGGUGUAACGUGGAGAAGGUGCCCAGUAAUUCUCAGUUGGAAAUAGAAGGAAACAGUUCAGGGCGACAGCUCAGUGAAGUCUUCAUUCAGUUACCUUCAAGGAAAGAAUUACCAGAAUACUAUGAAUUAAUUAGAAAGCCAGUGGAUUUCAAAAAAAUAAAGGAAAGGAUUCGUAAUCAUAAGUACCGGAGCCUGGGCGACCUGGAGAAGGAUGUCAUGCUUCUCUGUCACAACGCUCAGACAUUCAACCUGGAAGGAUCCCAGAUCUAUGAAGACUCCAUCGUUUUACAGUCAGUGUUUAAGAGUGCCCGGCAGAAAAUUGCCAAAGAGGAAGAGAGUGAGGAUGAAAGCAAUGAAGAGGAGGAGGAGGAAGAGGAGGAAGAGUCAGAGUCGGAGGCAAAAUCAGUCAAGGUGAAAAUUAAGCUCAAUAAAAAAGAUGAGAAAGGCCGGGACAAAGGAAAAGGCAAGAAAAGGCCAAAUCGAGGAAAAGCCAAACCUGUAGUGAGCGAUUUUGACAGCGAUGAGGAGCAGGAUGAACGUGAACAGUCAGAAGGAAGUGGGACGGAUGAUGAGUGAUCAAUAUGGACGUUUUUCCUUGGUAGAACUGAAUUCCUUCCUCCCCUGUCUCAUUUCUACCCAGUGAGUUCAUUUUGUCAUAUAGGCACUGGGUUGUUUCUAUAUCAUCAUCGUCUAUAAACUAGCUUUAGGAUAGUGCCAGACAAACAUAUGAUAUCAUGGUGUAAAAAAAAAAACACACAUACACAAAUAUUUGUAACAUAUUGUGACCAAAUGGGCCUCAAAGAUUCAAAGAUUGAAACAAACAAAAAAGCUUUUGAUGGAAAAUAUGUGGGUGGAUAGUAUAUUUCUAUGGGUGGGUCUAAUUUGGUAACGGUUUGAUUGUGCCUGGUUUUAUCACCUGUUCAGAUGAGAAGAUUUUUGUCUUUUGUAGCACUGAUAACCAGGAGAAGCCAUUAAAAGCCACUGGUUAUUUUAUUUUUCAUCAGGCAAUUUUCAAGGUUUUUAUUUGUUCGGUAUUGUUUUUUUACACUGUGGUACAUAUAAGCAACUUUAAUAGGUGAUAAAUGUACAGUAGUUAGAUUUCACCUGCAUAUACAUUUUUCCAUUUUAUGCUCUAUGAUCUGAACAAAAGCUUUUUGAAUUGUAUAAGAUUUAUGUCUACUGUAAACAUUGCUUAAUUUUUUUGCUCUUGAUUUUUAAAAAAGUUUUGUUGAAAGCGCUAUUGAAUAUUGCAAUCUAUAUAGUGUAUUGGAUGGCUUCUUUUGUCACCCUGAUCUCCUAUGUUACCAAUGUGUAUCGUUUCCUUCUCCCUAAAGUGUACUUAAUCUUUGCUUUCUUUGCACAAUGUCUUUGGUUGCAAGUCAUAAGCCUGAGGCAAAUAAAAUUCCAGUAAUUUCGAAGAAUGUGGUGUUGGUGCUUUCCUAAUAAAGAGAUAAUUUAGCUCGA